CUUAGAGGCUUUGGCAGAGAGAACCCGCUAAGCCAAGAGAACAAAUGGAUGCACGUGAACCAGCUGAUGAGAGAGAAGAGAAUCGUGGUCCUAGUAGUACAAGAAACUCACAUGGACGACACAAGACGAGCAAUGAUUGAGACGGUCUUCGGACAACGCCUGAGCAUACACAGCUCCGCCGAUGAAGUUAACCCAACGGGGAAAGGCGGUGUCGCAAUAGUCUUGAACAAAGACGUCAUACAGACGACAAACGUAAAGACGCACAUCGUUAAAGCGGGCAGAGCCUUGCAAGUCCAGAUAAGCAUGAAGAACGACACAAUGGGAAACAUACUUGGAAUAUACGCACCAAACGACCCAACAGACAAUGAAUACCUAUGGGAAGACAUCAAAGCCUACUAUGAAUCACCCUGCAACAGACGUAUACCAAAACCAGACCUACUACUAGUACUGUCAUACAUAAUCAAAGACGAAGUCAUACAGGAGUACAUCAGAGAACGGGGGAAACAAGCAAUGACAGAACUGAUUGAACUUGGCGGCUGGAGAUUUGCAGAUGAGAACCCGCAACGCAUCCUACACAGCUUUAAGAGCGACGUGAGAGACAAAGCGAUUGAACGACAACGGGCAAAAAUACCCACCCUCAUAUGA